CCGAAGAAGAAGACGAGCAUUUUUUUUCCCUUUAGGACAGCUGAUCUUUUUAAUCUAUUUACUCAUCUUUUUUUUGUCAACUUGCUUCUACAAACGUAUAAAUAUGUAAAGAAAGAAACUGCAGUGAGAUCUUUUAAAAAUGGAAGCAGAAGAAGGCAGACCAGGCUGUCAUGUUCGUGCACAGAUUUGCAAAGAUGUGCAGAGAGAAAGGUGUACAGAUUCAAAAGAAGGGACAUCAAGCUCUCUGGGAGACAUUACCACUGUCGCUGAACAGGACGAAGGAUUACUGAAGAUUAUAAAAGUGGAAGAAUCUGAAGAUGAAGGUUACAUCGGUCAAGGGACAUCAAAUUCUUUGGAGCUUGGUAUCAUCGAAGAAGAACAGAUAAAACAUGUUAAAGAAGAGCCUGAAAAUGAUGAUGAAUACCUCUACUGUGAGGAUUGCAAGUCAUUCUACAUCAACAAGUGCGAGCUUCAUGGUCCAGCUGUUUUCAUUCCUGAUACCCCUGUUCCAGUGGGGGUCGCCCAUCGAGCCAGAUUAACCCUUCCUCUUGGUCUGGAAGUUCAACAGUCUAAUAUUUAUGGAGCAGGCUUGGGCGUGUUUAAUAAGGGGAAGACUGUUCCGGUUGGUGUGCAUUUCGGGCCGUAUGAGGGAGAGAAGGUAGACGGUGAGGAAGCCGUGAACAGUGGCUACUCCUGGGUGAUAUACAGGAGCAGACAGUGUAAUGAGUAUAUAGAUGCCAAGAAAGAGAUUCAUGCUAACUGGAUGAGGUAUGUCAAUUGUGCUCGUAAUGGUGAAGAACAGAAUCUUGUGGCGUUCCAGUACAGAGGAGGGAUUCACUACCGUUGCUGUCAACCCAUCAAAUCAGGACAUGAGCUGUUGGUGUGGUACGGAGAGGAGUACCCCAGAGAUCAUGACCUUGAGUUCAACUGCCUCUGGAACAAAAAGUCCUCCAUAAAUGAAAUGAAAGAUGGCCUGGUGCAAAUCUUCUCCUGUUCCUUGUGUCAUCUUUCAUAUACGUCAAAAAUGUAUCUCCAGAAACACAUCAGAAGGAGCCACUGUAAGGAGGAUCUGAUAGAUUUGCCCACAGGUAGCUCUCCAGUUCAGCAGACACAUUCUGGUGCGCUCUAUACUUUUCCUGGACAAGAUCAAGAAGUCACGAGUCAAUGUUCAGACUGUGGGAAGAGUUUUACACACUCGAGUGAUUUCCAAACGCACCAAUGCGUCAACACAGAAGAAAACCUGUAUAAUAGCUCAUGGUGUGGAGAGACUUUGACUCACCAGAAAGAUCACCAGCACGUUCAUGUAGAAGAGAAACUCUACCAAUGUUCAGAGUGUGAGAAGAGUUUUGCUUUCCUUAGAACCCUACAAAUCCACCAGCUCGUUCACACCGGAGAGCAGCCGUACCCUUGCUCACAGUGUGGAAAGAGGUUUAGACGACUGGGCAACCUCCAAACGCACCAGCGCAUUCACACGGGAGUAAAGCCCUAUCACUGUUCACAGUGUAAGAAGAGUUUCAGGCGGAAAAGCCAUCUGAAAACCCACCAGCGCAUUCACACCGGAGAGAAGCCGUAUCGCUGCUCGCAAUGCAGCAAGACUUUCGCACACCAGAGUUCUCUCCAAAGGCACCCGUGCAUUCACGAAAGAGAAAGGCCGUACCAUUGUACACAGUGCGGGAAGAGUUUUACUCAACAGAAUCACCUCGAGACACACGAGCGCAUUCACACCGGAGAAAAGCCGUAUUGCUGUUUACAAUGUGGGAAGAGUUUUACGCGUCACAGUAAUCUCCAAGCACACAAGCGUAUUCACACCGGAGAAAAGCCGUACCACUGCUUGCAGUGUGGCAAAAGGUUCACACGACAAGGCAAUCUCCAGGCACACCAGCGCAUUCACACGGGAGACAAGCCAUACAUCUGCGCACAGUGUGGGAAGAGUUUUACACGACAGAAUCAUCUCCAAACGCACCAACUCAUUCACACAGGAGACAAGCUGUAUCAGUGCUCGGAGUGUGGGAAGAGUUUUACUUUUCAGCGCAAUCUGGAAAUACACCAGCGCACUCACACGGAAGAAAAGCCCUUUCGAUGCUUACAGUGCGGCAAGAGUUUUGCUCACCAGAGCAAUCUCCUAAGGCACCAACACAUUCACACUGGAGAGAAGCCGUUUCGUUGCUCGGACUGUGGCAAGAGUUUCACUUACCACAGUAAUUUACAAAUACACCAACGCAUUCACACUGGAGAGAAGCCAUAUUACUGCUCGCAGUGCGGGAAGAGUUUUGCUCACCAUUGUGCUUUCCACGUGCACCAGCGUCUUCACACGGGAGAGAAGCCUUUCCACUGCUUACAGUGUGGAAAGAACUUUACUCACCAGAGUCACCUCAGGCAGCAUCAGCUCAUUCACACUGGAGAGAAGCCGUACUGCUGCUCAGAGUGCGGGAAGAGUUUUAGACGGCAGAGUAAUCUCCAUAUACACCAGCGCAUUCACACGGAAGAGAAGCCGCACUGCUGCUCGGAGUGCGGGAAAAGUUUUACCCGAAAGAGCACUCUCCAAAUGCAUCAGCGCACUCACGGUGGGGAGAAGACUUAUAUGUGCUUACAAUGCGGGAAGAGUUUUCCUUAUGAAAGUCAUCUCCAAGUACACAAACGUAUCCAUACCGGAGAGAAGCCGUAUCAUUGCUCACAGUGCGGGAAGAACUUCGCUCAUCAGAGUCAUCUUCAGGCUCACCAGCACAUUCAUGCCCAAGAGAAACCGCAUCACUGCUCACAUUGCGGGAAGAGUUUUAGUCGAAAGGGCACUCUGCAGCUACAUCAGCGCAUUCACACGGGAGAAAAGCCGUUUCACUGCUUACAGUGCAGAAAGAGUUUUAGACGGCAGAGUCAUCUCCAGAUACACCAGCGCAUUCACACAGGAGAAAAGCCGUAUCACUGCACGGAGUGUGGAAGGAGAUUCCCGCAUUCCAGUACGCUGAAGACGCACAAGUGUGUGAACAUUGAGCCGUCAGUAACUGUGCUUGUAUGAACACCAGUUAACAUCCAGCGAUGGUGAAUAUCACUUCGUGUUCCUUCUGGAUCUGCACCGGUUCCAGUAACCGGGAACCUACACACUUAUCUCUUGCUCAUAGAACCAUGGUUACAUAAGUUAUAUUUUUCAUAACUUUGUCUGAAAAGGUGAGAAAGGUCAUGUGUAACCUGUUGACGAACAUCCAGGCACCUUGUAAAAUGUAGAGGAGAUUUGGUCUGCUUUUAGGUAAUCGAAUGAACUCUAUCCAGUGAGUACUGGGUCAUAAUAAAGGAACAUUUAUUUAUGUGCAUUUUCAUCCUCUGUGUUCACUGCAAGGUCAAUCAUUUGGUUACUUAUAGAAUAUAGCAGCCUCAUGUCAAUAAAUUUUAUAGUCUGUGUCAGUGUUGGGGAUCUCUUCUCUGAGAUCACCAUGAGACGAAGACCCUGGAUGCCCAUCUCAUGCUCUAUCUUGUAGCACAUCUGGAGCCAGUCAUCUAAAUGCUGUAAUGCAUGAUGCCUCUUUCUAUCAGAGGUUGACAGCGCUGACAAGAAGUGUUUAGGGUCUUGGUCAAUGGGGCAGCAAGGUACCUGCUCUGGACAUGAGAGUGGGAUUCUGUCUGUUUUAGGGCUCGUUUCAGUCCAACAUGAGAUACAGCAACAUGAAGAUUUCACAUGGCAGGUUCUUUGUGGUCCAAAUGUAACUGAUUCCAUAUAUCUGAAACCUAAACUUGACAGCAGGGCAAAUAAGCAACACGGCAGGGUUUAGAGGGUUGACUUACUCCUGCACCAAGGCUGUGUGUUAACGAAUAAAAGGGUAGUAUAGUGAUGAUAAUGAUGAUGCAUGUAGCAUAUUAUACUACCAUGGCAUGCUCAGUGGUUAAGGGUGGGGGAUGAUGAGGAAGGACAAUGUGACCAUGCUAGGAGUACGUGUUUACAGGAUGCAGGUCAUGAGCCGUAGACAGAGUGACGAAGGAGACCAGACCAUUCGAGAGCCAAGCUGAGUGCUGUAAACAGUUUGUAGCUAGUUGUGGACAGAGAAGUAGGUUUUGUUUAACAAUGAGCAUGAUGAAGUGAAAACCUAUCUCAAGCCAGCUGACAAGUUGAUGAUGGAAGAUGGUAGGAGUUUAUAAACAGCUCUACAAGCCAGAAGCACAAAAAUACCUCCAAGAGAUUCUUAGAACUAUUGAAAAUUUGACCAGCAUCACGUCCGAACGGAGACAUUCCAUGUUUAUUAGCUUUCAUACAAAAUGUGACUCACUUUGCAGAGUGAAAAUAUCAUUCUUUAAUUCCAUUUACUAUUUUAAUAAUAUAUUAAAAUGAAUAAAUAAUAGUAAUAAAUAAAUAAUACUGUUAAUACAUUUAUUAAUACGUAUUUUAAUUAUGAACAUGUUUGAUAUCUUUGGUUUAUCUAAAUGAACGAAACAAAACAGAUUAUCGGUUAUUUUGAAUCCGAGAUAUAAAACGGAUGCAGUGUUUUUUAAUGCUAAAGAAAUAAUGGGGGCAGUCGUGGCCUAACGGUUAGAGAGUUUGACUCCUAACCCUAAGGUUGUGGGUUCGAGUCUCGGGCUGGCCACGACUGAGGUGACCUUGAGCAAGGCCCCGUACCCCCCCAACUGCUCCCCAAUCGCUGCAGCAUAAAUGGCUGCCCACUGCUCCGGGUGUGUGUUCACUGCUGUGUGUGUGCGCACUUUGGAUGGGUUAAAUGUGGAGAACAAAUUCUGAGUAUGGGUCACCAUACUUAGCCGUAUGUCACGUCACUUUCAAAUACCACUUCCUGAGUGUUACUGUGUUAAAACUUACUCUAAGAUGGAUUAGGACCAAAUAUAUACACCCAAAUACAUGCAUACACUGGUAUGUGACUGAUUGUGUAUGUGUAUCGAUGCCGUCUGUUAGCCACGGCGAGGAAUCGCUCUCUGAUUCAUUGCUUCAUGCACAUAAAGGUUAAAGUGUCACUGUUUUGCAGUACAACCUCUCACACGGUUUUCCACUAUUCUUACACACACACUCAGACCUACAGAUGUCAGUAUUUUACUUCUAUUCACAGGAACACAUUUUGCUUUGUUUGGGUUUUGCUGUGCUGCCAUAAUGCUAGUUGAAUUAAAGAGUUCCUGUGUAA